AUGAGUGCUCACUGGCUUUGUGGACAUAUGAGGAGAGAUCAAAACAGAUAUAGUCAGGAAUACGAAAUCGAGAAUGGGUUAUGCAUUUUUGGUUUUGAUGAAGAAGUAGGCAUGCAAAUACCAACGCAGGCCCAGUCAGUUGUGGAAGGAUCAGGGUCAGUUCUGGUAUCAGAGUUCAAACCUGUUUCUGAUGUUGAUUAUCUACAGGUAUUUAGGGUCAUUAUAUUGGCCAUUCAACAACAAGGACCUAGAGCUAUUGGCUUUUUUGGGACACGAAACAUGGGAUUUAUGCACCAGGAACUAAUUGAGAUUCUUAGCUAUGCUAUGGUUAUAACUAAAAACCACAAAUAUACAUCUGGAGCAUCUGGGACUAAUGUUGCUGUUAUUCGAGGUGCUUUAAGGGCAGAGAAACCAGAGUUGCUCACCGUGAUAUUGCCUCAAAGUUUAAAAAAACAGUUGCCUGAGAGUCAAGAGUUAUUAUCAAAAGUAAAAAAUGUGAUAGAGAAGCCCCACAACGAUCAUCUACCCUUAAUAGAAGCCAGCAGGUUAUGUAACAUGGACAUCAUUUCACACGUACAGCAAAUCAUCUGCUUUGCUUUCCAUGAUAGUAGGUUGCUCAUGGAAACUUGUCAAGAAGCUAAAAAUUUGCGGAAGAUAGUGACUCUCUUCUACCUCGACUGA